UUCCAGCGUGACCUUAACUUGCAGAGGUUCUUUAAAAAUCAAAUGAGUGAAAGUUAAGGAGACAAGCUCGUAGAUACAGGAUGAACACCGCUCUGAAGCACUGGAAGGAGGCGGCCACUCUCAUCUUAGCCGCCGGUAACAGACUCGGCGUGGACGCUUUAUCGUCGAGGACACCACCGGCCAGCGGCUGCUACGGACGGUCACACCUGCCACACAAGUCCCGCUAUGAUUACGACGUUUUACUGCUAAAACGAAGCAGUAAAAGUGGAUUCAUGCCCAAUGCGUAUGUGUUUCCCGGCGGUAUGGUGGACUCUUCGGACUUUUCCAGUGAAUGGUUGGACAUUUUCAAAUCUUUCACGAACUCUCCUAAUUUCGGGUUGAGGAGCGUCAAACAGUCUGCGGAGACCAGACCUCCUAUCUUCGCCACCAAUCGGCUGAAACUGGGCUCCCCAAUCCCGGGAGAGGUCGCCUUCCGGAUCUGCGCCCUGAGGGAGACGUUUGAAGAGUCCGGUGUGCUCUUAGUUGUGCCUCAAACGGAGGAGGAAAGCUUGUUAAAAAGCACAGAGGACAGAUGUGCUACUGAUCAAAUCCUCCACUACAAGGUAAACGAGCUGUGCAGUAAUGAACUUACCAAGUGGAGGGCUUUGGUGAAUCAGAACCCCUCCAACUUCAUCAGGAUGUGCAGAGAGUUGCAGGUGUUGCCCAACAUCUGGGCUUUACAUGAGUGGGGCAACUGGCUGACUCCUGCCGGCCGAUACGGAGUGUCAAGGUUUGACACAGCUUUCUUCAUCUGCUGCCUGCAGGAGACCCCCCACACACUGCAGGACCAGAGGGAAAUAGUGCGCUUUCAGUGGUCCACACCUUCAGAAGUCCUGCAAAGCUACCAGGCACGAGAGUUGUGGAUCGCCCCUCCGCAGUUCUACGAGCUCAGCCGCAUGUGCCGCUACCCUUUGCUGAGUGACCUCCACAAGUUUUCCAGCCAGCGAGCAACAGAGGGCUGCGAGCACUGGCUGCCUGUUAUUUUACCAAAAGAUGAACACUACAUAUCACUGCUGCCAGGUGACAAACUUUACCCGUUGAACAGUUCAGGAGAAGCUAACCCUCAGGUGGAGGAUCGUCAGGAUAAUUCUGCACUGCACCGCAUCCAUAUCUCAGAUCCAUACACUGUGACGCUACAUGUCAACAUCACACCCAAGUACAACCACCUGUUGCCUGUUGUCGGGUCAGCCGCACCACCUGACUUAAAAAGUGAGCUCUGAUUUGCUCCAUGUGCUGUACGAGCCCCUCAACUUCACUGUGCACACAUGAAGAAAAACACUCUUAAAACAAUACAAGUUUAUUUUAUUAAUAUCAUUAUUAUUAUUAUUAAACAUUCAU